AACGUUUCAGCGCGUGCCGGCGUGCCUCGGCCUGCCGUUCAAACUCUUCCAUGACAACCUCGUGUCCGGCCGUUUCGGCGCAGCCCGCCAGCCCGCCACCUGACUCUACCACCACGUUGAACGUCAUAAUAUUUCAUUCCACGCUCGUCACGAUGUUACACUUGUAAAUUUCGUUACAAACAUCACGAUCCGUGUAUACACAAUUAAUUGGCUUAAAGUGUGUGAUGUGUGUCUGUGUAUUGUCUUUAUUUUCUUUAAGGUGGCUUCGAUUCGAUGAAAUACCGAUUGUGUCGGUGAUUAAUUAAGCCGGAAGAAUUGCUUGUAGCAAAAUUUCUAACUGUAUAACUCGUCGUCCUAAUCUAUUCUUUUUUUUCCAUUAAACAGCAAAAGACUGAUGUUUUCGUCCAGGUAAAUAUAAAAUUGUACAGGCACUUGACAUGUUAAUUGCCGGUCAAAUUGAAGUUUGAUCAGAGCUAUUUGCAUCGAAUUUCUAUCUCUAUUUCAAAUUUGUAUUAAAUAUACAUAUGUCUGUUAUAUAAAUACUAAUUUUAUUAAUACACAAGUGAGAAACAGAUAUGCUAAAUUUUGAACCUUGUUAUUUCGCCUUAUUAUUGGUUAUGGAUAGCUAAAUUGCAAUUUCAAAAUCUCAAGAGAAUUUCAAAUUAUGAGAUUAUCAUUAUUUACUUAUAAGAAAAAAUAGGUAGCUGUAACUCUACUCGCAAUAGUUAAAUUCGACAAAUACAAAUUGUUUCAAGGUAUAUACAGUGUCAUCAAAGUUAUCUUAAAGAAGACGAAUGCAGAAACAAUACAUAAUACAUAUAUACCAUACAUAGACAACACACAAAUAAAAUUAAUGUUUAUACAACAUACAUGUCACAAAUAAACUACACUAUGUGUAACACUGUGAUAUGAUUGUGUGUAUUUGUGGUUGGGCUCCAUCAAAACAAGAAUUAUAAGUGACGAUUACAAGUAUGACGUCGAAAACUAUAUGUGUUGCUCAAGAAGGACCCGCAAAUGCUUUAGCUCUUAAUAAAGACAACAGCCAGGUUGUGAUAGCUGGUCGCAAUGUUUUCAAAAUAUUCACAUUGCUGGAUGAUAGAUUUGAAGAGGCCUGCAAUCUUCGUGUUGGAAAAAAUUUGAACUUAAAUUUUUCCUGCAAUGAUGUUGCCUGGAAUCUCAAUGAUGACCACAUACUUGCGACUGCAGCAACGAAUGGUGCAGUUGUUUUGUGGAAUCUGAAUAGGCAAUCUCGAUCAAAACAGGAUCAUGUCUUUGUAGAUCAUAAAAGAACUGUAAAUAAAGUAAGCUUUCACAUGACAGAACCCAUGUGGUUGAUAUCUGGCUCGCAAGAUGGUACAAUGAAGUGUUUUGAUUUGCGAAUAAAAGAGGCUAUCAAGACUUUUUACAGUAAUACAGAAUCUGUAAGAGACGUUCAGUUUUGUCCACAACAACCUCAUACUUUUGCUGCUGUAUCCGAGAAUGGUCAUGUACAACAGUGGGAUAUGAGAAAACCAGAGCGUUAUUUUCAACAUUUUACCGCACAUAGUGGUCCGAUAUUUGCUUGCGACUGGCAUCCGGAAGCUACUUGGCUUGCUACAGCGUCUAGAGAUAAAACUAUCAAAGUUUGGGAUUUGUCGGGUAAACCAAGUUGCGAUUAUAUUAUAAACACUAUAGCAUCGGUGGGACGUAUAAAAUGGAGACCUCAGAAGAAGUAUCAUAUAGCCAGUUGCGCUUUGGUCGUCGAUUGUAGCAUAAAUGUAUGGGAUAUUCGUAGACCAUAUAUCCCAUUCGCGAGUUUCAAUGAACAUAAAGAUGUUCCUACUGGUGUAGCAUGGAGAGGCAACCCGCAAUCGUUUUUAUCAACGAGCAGAGAUUGCACUUUAUAUCAUCAUGUUUUUGAUGAUGCAGUAAGACCGGCCAGUAAGGCAAAUCCACAGAGUGUUGCAUUGAAUCUAAAACACGAUAUUACAUGCGCUUCUAAGGUGAAAUAUGAACCAGCAAGUAUUACAAGACAAUUAAGUAAUUUAAUGAGGAGAACUCCUGUAACAAAUGAUGAUACUUUCUGCAUGGCUUCGAGUGUAAUGUAUAGAUUCCGCGGGUGUGUACGCGAACCGAAUUGGUUUAAGACAGCUGCAGAAAAUUAUGUGCUUUCUGGAAAUUUAAGUGAAGUCUGCGAUCACAAUGCGCGCAUUGCGUAUGACUUUGGCAAUUAUGUUGUUAGUAAAGCGUGGCAAGUCUUAAAGAUUAUGUAUACAGAUCCGUUUGAGAUACUCCAAAAGAGUGUACCAAUGGCGCUUAAAGAAGAUGUAGCCAAUACGUCGAAUGUAGUACCAGGUUUAACAAAGAGCUCUGGUAUGGAACAAUCAAACGCGAGUAAACAAUCAAGUCAUGAACAGGACGUGAAAUCUCUCCAAGGAGAAAAUCCUGGCGCUGCCAGUGGCGGUGAUGAUGAGACCGAAACGGAAACUGAAGCACCAGAAAAUCAUAUCAUGGGACCAUCGACCAAUACGGAAACUGUUCUGCCAAGGAGACCAUUGCUUAGUGAUAUACCUUCAACAUCUCGAGGCGACUUUAUUUUUGGCGAGACUGAAUAUGAACCUGUGUCUCUAGAACAUCCUGGCGAGAGUAGGCAAACUGUAAUGCGUAUGGAGGAUGACGAUUGGACUAAGGAAUUGCAAAAGGAGGCUUUUCCUUUACGACAUGAGAUCAAGGAUCGGUCUCCUCCACCAGAACAAUUUCCCAAUCAUCCUCCUGAUCUCGGCGAGAAUUCAACAUCCGUUAUAGUUGAGGAUCAACCUCAGUUAGUAGUUCCGGUUCUACCUAAGUCUUCACCUUUUGACUUUACAUCUAUGAUUCUGGAUGGGCUGCGCUUUCACACGGCAAUAAGAGAUGUACAGACGACGGUAUCAAUGCUUAUCGUCAUGGGAGAAAUAAGGAAAAAAUUGAAUAUUCCAAUAGCUUUACAGGAACAUUGGAUAUUAGAGUACUUGGACAUGCUUGGAAAAUUUAAACUUUGGCAUGUAGCUACACAGAUAAUACAAUUAUCAUGGAUUCCUUCUAUAGCGCAAUUGAAUCAACAAUCGACCACUAUACACGCAUGUUGCGUAGCUUGCACAAAAUCAUUGCAACGAUCUGCAUGGUUGUGCGAUCAUUGUCACACGCCCGAGCAUGCUUUGUGUUCUCUUUGUAAUCAGGUGGUGCGUGGUAUCUACGUAUGGUGUCAAGGUUGUGCACAUGGAGGCCAUAUAAAUCAUAUGAGAGAAUGGUUUAAUAAAAAUCGACAAUGUCCUACUGGUUGUGGACAUCUUUGUGAAUACAACUGAGGGGAUACAUUGUUAUUAGAAUUGAAUAAUUUUAAAUAUUACAAUAUAAAAAUAUUGUGACAUGAACGCAACACACAAGAACUGUACAAAUUAGAGUUUGUUAUACAUAUGUAUGCAAAGUAUGCGAUAUAUAUACAAAAAAAUGUUAGGAAAGUAUAAAAUGAUAGGAACGGUACGAUAUAAUAUAUAUGUAUAUGUGUACAUAAUUUCAAAUGUACUGUUUAUAUUGUAUAAUAAUCUUACUAAAUCCAGAUAAGAUAUGGUAAUUCAAGUAAACAUUUUACUAGUAACACUUUUAUAUAAGAAUAUUAUUUGAAUUAAAAAAUAAUAUUAUAUAAAAAUAGACACAGUGUCAAUUUUUUAAUUGAUAUCAAAUAUCAAAGACUAUAAGACUUUAAAAAUAUUUUAAUUCUUUAAUUAUCUUUAUUAAUGAAAUUCUUGUAAUGAUAAUGGUUGCGUUUAUGUAAAAGAUACACAUAAUUUUUAAUAAGACGUAGUCUACAAUGAAAACUUAAGCUUUAAGCCGUAAGAAAUUGACUAAUCACAAUUGAGUAUUUUUAUAUUAUAAAAAUCAACUGUGAUUGGUCAAUUUCUCAUGGUUUAAAGCUUCAUUGUAGACUACUCCUAAUGCAAGAAAAAUCCAAAAAUAUUGUAUGAUUUUUCAAAAGUCUUAUGUAAUAUAAUGUUGUCUAAUAGGUCCGUAUCAUGUAUAUCGAUAUUGAUAUAUAUUACAUUUAAUUUUUAGUUUUUGUAUUUUGUAGUAAUUACUCCUAAAAAUCAAAAUGUGCCUAACGAUGUAAAAUAACUACAAAUUAUAAUUUAUGUAAAAAGGCAUGUAAUGGAAUAGAAAAACAUAGAUAGAUAAUUAUUAUCUAUUUUUAAUGUUACUUAAGUCAUCACACUUAACUAUACUUAUAUUUAUAUGUAUUACAUUUUUUGCAACUAAUCUUUAUUCUCUAGUCAGAUAACAAAAGUAUCUGUUUAACUGAAGAUGAUAAUAAUUAUGUAUUAUCACUGUUAUUAAACUAAAUAGAAAGUUAUAUCUGUAUACAGACAUGUGAUAAUAAAAAAGCUGAUGUAAGUUUUUUAAUGUUGCAAACAAACUAUACAAAAGAUUAGAAUAUCUAUGUAUAUGUAUAUUUGUUAAAAUUUAUUGGAAUAUAAGAAUUAAUUCAAAGAAUAUAAACUUUUGAAGUUAUUUGGAAUAUGUCUUCUAGAAUUAUCAGUAUAUGCAUAUCUUUAAUAUGUAAAAACUCUGUUGCCGAAAUUUUUAUAUAAUUAUUGUUAAUAAACAAAAAAUCUAUAAUGUA